AUUUCUCAGCAACAGGCACAUCCUCCAUCUCAACCCCACCCAAUCGCUCUCCUCCCCUGUCGACAUUAUUUAUCGUCCGUCCCCGCCAACAGCCCAAAGCCAGCAGACCUCUCGACUCUCUGCCUGCCAUCAUGGAGCUAGCAACCAUGAGCCGGUGUGUUGCCCGAAGUGCCAGGAAGGUUCCCACUGUCCGAUACUACAGCAUCGUUCACGAUGUUCCUCGAGGGGGUCCUAGCCUGGCUCAGACUCCUCCCCCACCACAGCCUCAAAGCCAGUCCGUCUUUGAUCAAGCCGUCAAUGCUACAGGUCCCAGAAACAACUGGACCAAGGAGGAGAUAACUCAGAUACACCAGACUCCUCUCAUGGAGCUAGCCUUUGCGGCGGGAACUGUCCAUCGCCGAUUCCACAAACCCUCCGCUGUCCAACUAUGUACCCUCAUGAACAUCAAGACCGGUGGUUGCACCGAAGACUGCUCCUACUGCGCUCAAUCUUCCCGCUACAAGACCAAUUUACAAGCGACCAAACUCUCCACCGUCGACUCGGUCAUUGAGGCUGCAAAGAUCGCCAAGGCCAAUGGAUCCAACCGUUUCUGCAUGGGUGCGGCCUGGCGAGAUAUGCGUGGACGCACAAGAGGCUUGAAGAAUAUCGUCGAGAUGGUCAAAGGUGUACGAGGUUUGGGCAUGGAAGCUUGCGUCACCCUGGGGAUGCUGGACAAGCAGCAAGCCAAGGAGUUGAAAGAGGCCGGGUUGACCGCUUACAACCACAAUCUCGACACCUCACGAGAACACUAUCCUAAUGUCAUCACUACGCGCAGCUACGAUGAACGGUUACAGACCCUGGAGAAUGUCCGUGAAGCGGGUAUUCACGUCUGCAGUGGUGGGAUCCUGGGACUCGGCGAAACUCCUAAGACCGACCACGUCGGACUGAUCCAUACCCUGGCCACACUACCUGAGCAUCCUGAAUCGUUCCCAGUCAACAAGCUUGUUCCGAUCAAGGGCACGCCUAUGUUUGGACAAGAGUCUGUGAAGCUUGAGGAUAUGGUCCGAUGCAUAGCGACAGCGCGUCUUGUCAUGCCCAAAACGAUUAUCCGAAUUGCAGCCGGAAGAGUAAGCAUGCCGGAAAGUGAGCAGAUGCUCUGCUUUAGUGCGGGUGCCAAUGCCAUCUUUACCGGCGAGAAAAUGCUUACUACGGAAUGCAAUGGCUGGGAUGAGGAUAAAGCUAUGUUUGAACGAUGGGGUUUGAGUCCAAUGCAGACUGAAGCAAGCAAGGUCGUGGAGGAGCCCAAAUUUGAGGCUCAAAGCUUUGGUCAUCUCCGCGACGCAGGAAAAGCGACCGCGCCACCACAAGUAUAGAGUGAAAUAUAGAGAAACCGUGUACAGGGAAAGUGACAUGCUUUCCGAUGAAUGGCGCGAAAUCGGCGCAUUCACUCUAAACAAUACAUCCAGUGCGUUACGAUGGU